AUGGCACCUGUUGGCUCCUUUGAACAGUUCCAGUCUGUUGGUAACAAUAUCUAUCUCUUCGAACCUCCUAAUCCCGCUAGCACUGCGCUUGUUACUCUUUGUACCUGGCUAGGAGGCGCAACUCCUCAGCGUAUCCAGAAAUAUAUCGAUGGCUACCGAGUCCUCUACCCUAAUUCCCGUAUCCUUCUCAUCACCACUUAUAUCCUUGAGAUUACCGUACUCCCUUUUAGCGUGCUCCAUGCGCGUUUGGCCCCUGCACGCGAUGUCAUCCGUCAGGUUAUCUUUGCCGCCGCAGAGAGAGAAGAGAGCGGUUCCAUCUUACUACAUAUUUUCUCCCAUGGUGGCUGCAACACCGCGAUCCAGCUCGCUCUCUCCCUGCGAAAUGAUCCCGGUCACUCCCCUCUGGAAUUAGGGGCCCAUCUCCGUGGAAUAAUUUUCGAUUGCUGCCCCGGAGACCCUUCCUUCUCGCGCGCAUAUCAAGCGGCUGCACUUUCGUUGCCUUGUAGUCCGCCUUUAGCUCGAACCAUUGGCAAGACUCUCCUCUUUCCCGCUGUGGGUCUUAUUACAGUUCUCCAGCAGAUCGGAUGGACGAGUUCUGUUCAGCAGCUGCGCGCGCAGCUUAAUAACCCUACCGUGUUCGGGACAACGGCCAGACGGCUCUACCUGUACUCCACGGCCGAUCAGAUGGUCGGCCCGGAGUGGGGUCAUAGUGACAUAGUCCAAGCUUUCAUUCCAUGGAGCAAGAGCUUGGGCCUGAGAGGCAGUAUUAACGCCAGAGGCGCUGUUGGUUAUGGUUUCCAAGAGGAUGUGGCUAGCACGAACGUUGAUAUUAGCCUGCAUCCUAUGGAAUCUAGCCGCGUACCGAAUAAAACGGCGAGCGGGAGGGUCUCUAUGGGCAGCACAAAUACCGUACCUGCCUACCGUGUUUGA